UGUCGGUAUAAUUUCUGCUUAGUAUGUGACAUACUUACGACAGUUGGUCAUGAAUAUUGGAUUCGUUAUUCUUUUCUUUUAUCGUUUUGCAGGAGGACAAUCCUUUCAUGGUGAAAAGAGACUUGUUCUACAUAGCAGUGAUGAUGUUUUCCAGGAACUGCAAAACAUCCGACAAGAAAUUCAAGCACUUAAGGCCGAAAAUUCGCAGCUGAAGACAUCACUAAGCGCCUUAAAAAGAGACAGUGGUUCUUUAUACACAAGAUGGGGGAGAACCACGUGUGGUGCAAAUGAUACAGAAAAGGUUUAUUCUGGAUAUGCGGCAGGGCAACAAUAUAAUCUUCCGGCCGGUCCUUCCAACUUCCUGUGUCUUCCUGAAAACCCUGACUGGGCAAAAUAUGUUGAUGGAAUCCAAAAUAUUGGAGGACGCAUUUAUGGGACAGAGUAUGAAAUGCAUCAUCCUGAUCUAUUUGAUCCAUUCCCACAACCAAUGCACGACGAAGAUGUCCCUUGUGCAGUUUGUAGAAGUCCAAGAACCACGACCAUUAUGAUGCCUGGAAAAACUAGCUGCUAUGCAGGUUGGACCUUUGAAUACACGGGUUACAUAAUGACUGGAUACAACCAAGAGAAGGCAUCAUCCGAGUACUCGUGCAUUGAUGCCGAUCCGGAAGCUGUUUUUCACGGCGAAGACAAUAAAAAUGGAAAAGUAUUAUAUUUCACAGAGGUGGAGUGCGGUUCUCUUCCAUGUCAAGAAUAUCCGAAUGGCCGUGAGCUUGCGUGUGUUGUAUGUUCUAAGUAGAUAUCUGUGAAAAGUAGAAACGAAUUCAUGAUA